AUGCGUAUAUUUUGCGCGCUUUUUUUAUUUGUGAGUCUUUGUCAAACACAUCCAAUUCAAUCAGGUAAAUUUUUAGAAACUAAAACUCUGAUGGCUUUUUUUAAUAAAAAAGUAAAAAGGAUCAGUAUGAAAUGAUCAGAAGAUAUUCCCAAUUUAUAAACUUUUUAUCGAUUAUUCAAUUUUUCAUUCCAGAUUCUGAAAAUGAACCAAUUAUCACCGAAUCUCAACCAAUUGAUUCUACAGUAACCGAAGAAUUAACAGUCCCUCCUCCACGUCAAAUUUCUCCGCAAGUUGACACAUCUGUUGAUACAAAUGGAGAUGGUGAAUUAGAUUUAUCAGAAGUUCAAUAUGCCGCAUUUGUUCAUCAUGGAUUAUCUGGAUCAGUUGUUGAAGAUAUGUUCAAACAAGUUGAUACAAAUAAUGACAAUCUACUCGAUGCUCGUGAAUUUGAUGCAAUUCGAAUGUUGGUUCUUGAAAAAGCUGAAAACGCGGCUCUUCGUUAUCUUCAAAACGUCGAUAUUGAUCGAGAUGGUUUGCUAUCUCUUCAAGAAGCCCAGGCUUAUUUACUAAAAGAAUACGGUAUUGGAAAUCGCGAUGUUGUUCGAUUAUGGAAACUUGUGACUCCAUCAAUUGCAGAGAGAAUGAAUUCGACAUUAUUCAGUAAACUUCGUCGACGAGUUCGAGGAAUGACAAUUCGAUUGGCAAGACAAUUAAUGAAAACAGCUGAUGUGAAUGGAGAUGGACAUAUUUCGGUUGAUGAAGCACAAGCAAUUGCAUUUGAGCAAGAAGGAAUCGGAGCUGGUGAUGUGGCAAGUAUGGUUGGAAGUGUUGAUGAAAACUUGGAUGGAGAGUUAAAUGCACCAGAAUUUGCUGAUUUUGAAAGAAUUGUUAGAGCUAGGGCAAUUGAAAACAGCAAGUGAGUCUUUCAAAAAUAUUUUUAAUGGAAAUGGGAAUUUUUAAUGAAACAACGGAAAUUAAAGAAAAACACGAAAAUCCAAAUCCUAUCCUAUUCUAUGUAAAAAAAUUAUUCCAAAGUUCAGAUCCAAAACAUCUUCUCACUUCUUAUUUCAUCACAUUUUCUUUUUUUUCAGAAAAGCUAUGCGUGUUGUUGACACUGACAAUAGUGGAACUCUAACUCUUGAUGAAGCCAAAAGAGUUGCCUUUGAACAUUAUGGAUUUGAUGAAGAAACUUUGUCACCAUUUUUUGGACAAGCUGAUGAAAAUGAGGAUGGCCAAUUGGAUCCUGUUGAAUUUGCCGGAUUCCGAUCAGUUAUUCGAGCAAGAUCAGUGAAAGAUGCAAUGGAAAAAAUGAAGAAAAUUGAUAAAAAUGGGGAUGGAUUAAUCAGCACAGGAGAAGCAACUGAAUCAACGAGUAAAGAAGAUGAUAUGGAUGAAGCUGAAUCAUUGGCAUUGUUCCAUAUUGCUGAUCAAAAUAAAAGUGGAAAAUUGGACAAAGUUGAACUCGCUGACUUCAACAGAUUAGUUCGACUGAGUUCCAUCAAAUUCGCUACUGAUCAUUUCAAAGAAUUCGAUCUUGAUGGAAAUGAUCUAGUAACAUUCGAAGAAAUUGCGCUACUCAUUGAACAGAAAUACGGUAUUCCAAUGAGUAUUAUUCAAACAUUCUUUGACAAAAUCGAUGUUGAUGGUUCAGCUGAUUUGAAUCCAGCUGAAAUCGUCGAUUUCCGACAUUUGAUUCGAUCCUAUGUCGCUAAACAAAAGGUCUACUACUUGUAAAACAUGACACUCUUUUUGACUCCUAAUAAAUUAUUUUGACAUAAAUAAUUUGAUUUUUUCAGAAGCUUGCACCAACCACGAGCACUACCACGAGCACGAGCACAAUCACCACAGAGAAACCUACCACUACUGAAAAAUUAAGCACAACUGAAAAGUUAACCACCACAAGCAUGAAACCUAGUAGCACUACAGAAGAAAUCGAAAUGAUUCCAAAUGAUGUGAUUGCUCAAGAUAUUAUGCCAAUGAAAUCUAUCCCAAUCACCUCCACUACAACAAAAGUCACAGAACUUCCAACUACAGAAACAUCAACUGAACCUCCCACUACCGAAUUAUCAACCACUACUACUUCCAGCCCCACAACAAGCACUCCAUCAACAAUAAGAACCACAAAACCUGCACCAGUAACUAGAAAACAACCCAAAAGCACAACCACCACUUCUAGCACGAGCACAACAAAAAAAGUUACAGAUGAAGUAUUUGUCGAAGAAAUCAUCUAUGAAGAUGAGAAUGGAAAUCGAAUGAUGCCCAAAAAACGAAAAGCUCAAGAUCAAGAUGUUUCGUAUGAAGAAGUUAUCGAAUAUGUAGAUGAACCAGCAACUUGA